GAAAAUGCGAAUGCGAUUUGCCCUGAAUCCGAUACCAAAUAAUCACCUGGUGGUAUCAUCAAGAUAGGUACCAAUCCUUUUUUUUUAACCAUAAAAGUGGCUCAUGAAUUUGGUAAAUCUGAAUUAAUUUUCAUCAUUCAAUAGUUUGCCCUUUUUACUUAAAAAGUGCGCACGGGACAUAGUUCUACAAACGUAUCGAUCACAAAACAUUGAUAUCGAUCACAUUUAAUACCAACAUCGGUGUCACAUUAUCAAUAUUUGGACCAAUCUGCCUACCAUUGUAGCAUAAGAGUGAAAGCUUCUCCAGGACCUGAUCUUAGGAGUAGGCACGCUCCGCUGCUGUGUGGCCGCUCAGCUCUCGCUCGCCGCUUCCUUCUCCUGCAGCAGCUCUCCAUGGCGGCCAAAAGCCGAAAGCAGACCGGCAAGAGCGACAAAAGCGAAAAGAGUCCCCCGCUCGCUUCUGCUGGUGGCAAAACCGGCGCCAAGCGAGCCGCCGCUGGCAGGGAUGCCAAAACCGCGAACGGGCUAUCGGGCAUUCGCCACAAGCUGGGGCUCACUCAUUCCGCAGCGGCCGGUUUGGGAUUCACGCUUCUCCUCGCUGCUCUAAGCGGAUAUCUCCACUGGUAUCAUCUCACACAGCUCUUUGAAAAUGACAGGCACUUCUCACACUUGUCCACCCUGGAGAAGGAAAUGGCUUUCCGGACAGAAAUGGGCUUGUACUACUCGUACUACAAGACCAUCAUUGAGGCGCCUUCCUUCCUGCAGGGCCUCCAUAUGGUCAUGAACGACCGGCUGACCGAGUACCCACUGGUCAUAAACACCCUCAGGAGGUUUAAUCUUUACCCAGAGGUGGUGCUUGCCAGCUGGUACCGGGUGUACACGGCUGUCAUGGGCUACUUUGGCGUUCCCACCAAGAUGUGCUGGUCCAUCAACAGAGGAGAAUUCCUGACACCCGUGGACAGUUGUGAAGGCUUGGGAGACCCAGCUUAUUUCUACGUGACAUGCGUGUUCUUGCUGAACGGGGCGAUGAUGAGCCUGUUUUUCCUGUACGGCGCUUACCUCAGCGGCAGCCGACUAGGUGGUGUCGUGACCACCCUGUGUUUCUUCUUCAAUCACGGCGAGAGCACACGCGUGAUGUGGACUCCUCCUCUGAGGGAAAGCUUUGCCUACCCCUUCCUGGUCCUGCAGAUGCUGCUACUCACAUUCAUCUUGAGGACCAGGAACCCGAGCAGGAUGGCACUGGUCGCUCUGGGAAUCUCCACAUUGUGCUUCAUGCUGCCAUGGCAGUUUGCCCAGUUUGUGCUGCUCACUCAGGUGGCCUCCCUGUUUGCGUCCUACAUCCUGGGUUACCUCAGUGCGGCCAAGAUGCAGUUGUUGUUGGUCACUCACAUGGUCGCACUGGUCUUCUGCUUUGUGUUUAUGUUUGGCAAUGCCAUGCUGCUCACGUCCUUUUACGCCUCCUCGCUCGUCUCAAUCUGGGCUGUUAUUGCAUUGAGGGAUGGCUUCACUCGGAUCUUCAGAACUGGUUUAAUCUUCUGGGUCAUGCAGGCUUCGGUUUGGAUGGGGUCCACUGUCCUGCUCAAAUUCCUGCUGUCCACCAUCCUCGGUGCUUCAGAUGAUGCUCAUAUCAGUGGUCUGAUCAAGUCCAAGUUUACCAACUACAAGGACUUCCACACGCUCAUGUACACGUGUGCUGCAGAGUUCAACUUCAUGGAGUGGGAGACUCCUGAACGCUACCUGAAAACGCUGCUGCUGCCCGUCACCGUGUUGCUGGUGGCUUUGAUCGCAAAGAUGAUUAUGCAGGAUGUUAUCCGCUACCUGAGGGGUGGAGGCAAGGCGCCUGAACAAAAUAAAGAUCAUAAAAACGAAGAAGCUGUGAGGUGUGAAGUUGUCACUAAAGGAGAGAUGGCGUAUCACAGUCUGCAGCUGUUGGCAUUCAGUGUGCUGGCCGUCCUCAUCAUGCGGCUGAAGCUCUUCCUCACGCCGCACAUGUGCAUCAUGGCCUCGCUGAUCUGCUCCAGACAGUUAAUGGGCUGGAUCAAGGACAGGGCCAAACAUCGGGCCGCCGUGUUCCUCGUGUUGGCCCUCAUGGCGGUGAAGGGGGUGGCCAACCUGAAGGCCCAGUGGAGCAUCAUUGGGGAGUUUAGCAACAUGCCUCAGGAGGAGCUGCUGGACUGGAUACAGGACAACACUCUCCCCGAUGCUGUGUUUGCGGGUGCAAUGCCCACAAUGGCCAGCGUGAAACUGUCCACGGGUCGACCCAUCGUUAACCAUCCCCACUACGAAGAUGCUGGUCUGAGGGAGAGAACCAAGCUGGUGUACUCCAUGUAUAGCCGCAUGUCUGCAGAGACUGUCAAGAGCAACUUGAACAAGCUGGGAGUCGACUUUUUUGUUCUGGAAGAUUCUUGGUGUACCAGGAGAACCGGAGACCUGGCAAAAUUUCCCCAAACGUUUUCCAAUUGUUUUUUUUUUAAAAUUCCUCUGUGCACGCACAUGUCCAGGAACUCACGACCACACUUCAACACCGUCUUCGCCAAUCACAUCUACAAAGUCCUCAAAGUGGCCAAAGAUGCCAGAUAACGGCACUCAACGUCUUUUGCUUUUGAACUUCCCCGUUUACCAAUGGAAGCCUUAUUUUUUAUUUUAUUAUUAUUUUUUUUUGUAGUAGUAGCCUUUUUUUGGGGGGGAGGGUACAAAAUUCCCAGUAAAAAAUGUGAUAGAUUAUGUGUCGUUUAUCCACCUGAUACUUUUAUGCAGGCCUGGAAAGUAGGAUAUUGCGGAAAGUGUUGUGACAGAAUUUAUUCUACUCCGUGUUUCACACAGGCCCCAGCAAAGUGGGACAGUGCUGCAACUGUGUACACUUUUCGGUCAGGUUUCCCCAAUCAGAUUAUUAGUCAUGGGAAAAUCUUCCCUCUUAUCAGGACUUCUUUCACACAGAGACCUGGCAAAAUUUCCCCAAACGUUUUCCAAUUGUUUUUUUUUUAAUGUAGAAAGAGGGACAUUGCCAGGAAUUUAGCGCAUUGGAGCAACACAGUAUUCAUUCACCAGUAUCUUUCACACAGAACCCAGCAAAUCAGGACAUUGUUGGGUCCCACAGUUGGACAAAUGGAGAAGUAUUACAGGAGGCAGUUUCACACAGGAAUCCAAUGGCGCUUUCUUUUAUGUAAAACCUUUUCCCGUUGUAUUCAUUUGCCAGUGUCUUUUCACACACAAUCCAGUAGAACGAAUCAUUGUCAUCAACAAAUUCAUUUUGGUUACACUUCAGACACUACCUCGGAAUCUGUGUGAAGGGGGAUACUACCGCCGGCAUCGACGCUUUGUACAGUGUUGCUGUCGUAAUUGACUAUUUUUAUAUAACUUAUUUGCAGGCUUUUUUGGAAGAAAGUUCAUAUGUUUUAUGGAGGAAUAUGGCAUGUAAUACCUGUCAUGACAUUUUAGGCUAGUUAUUAGGACAGCUGCACCUUGUUCAGUUUAGUUUUGUGUUGUAAAAAGUAUUGUUUUUAGCCUCUCACACUGCCAAAAUAACUGUAGCGGAUAAUCACACCCUAACAGUAGCAGUGUAUGGGAAAAGCAAAGGUCAC